GUACUUCAUGCACUUCUUCCUUUCGCGCCGGUAACUGGAGAGCCGUGCGUCCAUGUGCGCAGCGACUGGGAAUUGAACGACAACUGAAAACCAGAAUCCGAGCCACAACAGACUAUUCGCUAUGGAUCCAGAGUCUUUAAUCGAGGCCCUUCGGGGGACCAUGGACCCCAAUCUGCGUGAGGCUGCCGAGAGACAGCUGAACGAGGGACACACCCAGGUCAACUUUGUGUCUACUCUAUUACGAGUCACCAUGUCAGAUCAACUGGAUCUGAAUGUGAGGCAAGCAGGUGUGAUUUACCUUAAGAACAUGAUAACCCAGCAUUGGAGUGAGGGCGACAGCUCCUCCACCGAGCCCCCGGUCAAUAACAUCCCGGAGGAGGACCGGCAGUUCAUCCGAGACAACAUUGUGGAGGCCAUCAUCCACUCCCCAGAGCGCAUCAGAGUUCAACUGACGACAUGCAUACAUCACAUGAUCAAGCAUGACUACCCAGGGAAAUGGACAACCAUCGUAGACAAGAUUGGCUUCUACCUACAGUCUGACAACAGUGCAGGGUGGCUCGGAAUCCUGCUCUGCCUCUAUCAGUUGGUCAAGAACUACGAGUACAAGAAACCAGAUGAACGUCAGCCUCUGGUGGCAGCCAUGCACAUCUUUAUGCCCAUGCUGAAGGAUCGCUUUAUCCAGCUGCUGCCUGAUCCAUCCAGCGACUCUGUUCUGGUGCAGAAGCAGAUCUUUAAGAUCAUCUACGCCCUGUUUCAGUACAACCUCCCCCUGGAGCUCAUUAACAGACAGAACCUGACGGAGUGGAUGGAGAUCCUCAAGACUGUAGUGGACAGAGAUGUGCCUCCAGAGACCAUGCAAGCAGAUGAGGAAGAGAGGCCUGAGCUACCCUGGUGGAAGUGUAAGAAGUGGGCUCUUCACAUCUUGGCCAGGCUGUUUGAAAGGUAUGGAAGCCCUGGAAACACAACCAAAGAGUAUGCAGAAUUUGCUGAACUAUUCCUUAAAGGAUAUGCAGUCGCUGCACAACAGGUGCUGUUGAAAGUGUUGUAUCAGUACAAGGAGAAGCAAUACGUGGCCCCCAGGGUACUCCAGCAAACACUUAACUAUAUUAACCAGGGCAUCGCACACGCAGUCACCUGGAAGAACCUCAAACAACACAUCCAGGGCAUCAUUCAGGAUGUGGUUUUCCCACUCAUGUGUUACACAGACAGCGAUGAGGAGCUGUGGCAGGAGGACCCAUACGAGUACAUCCGCAUGAAGUUUGAUGUGUUCGAGGACUUCAUUUCCCCCACUACGGCGGCACAAACGCUGCUCUUCACUUCCUGCAACAAGAGGAAAGAGGUUCUGCAAAAGACGAUGGGCUUCUGCUACCAGAUCCUCACCGACCCUGCCUGUGACCCCAGGAAAAAGGACGGCGCCCUUCACAUGAUUGGGUCGCUAGCUGAAAUCCUGCUGAAGAAAAAGGUUUAUAAGGAUCAGAUGGAGUUUAUGCUGCAGAAUCACGUCUUCCCUCUGUUCCGCAGUGAACUGGGCUACAUGAGAGCUAGGGCCUGCUGGGUUUUGCAUUACUUCUGCGAGGUGAAGUUCAAGAGCGACCAGAACCUGCAGACGGCUCUGGAGCUGACCCGCCUGUGUCUCAUCAACGACAACGAGAUGCCCGUCAAGGUGGAGGCAGCCAUUGCCCUGCAGGUCCUCAUUAGCAACCAGGAGAAAGCCAAAGAGUACAUCACCCCCUUCAUUCGGCCCGUGAUGCAAGCACUGCUGCACAUCGUCCGGGAAACGGAGAAUGAUGACCUCACCAACGUUAUCCAGAAGAUGAUCUGUGAAUACAGCGAAGAGGUCACGCCCAUCGCCGUGGAGAUGACGCAGCAUUUGGCCAUGACAUUCAACCAGGUGAUCCAGACGGGCCCAGAAGAGGAAGGCGGAGACGACAAGGCGGUCACGGCCAUGGGCAUCCUCAACACCAUCGACACGUUGCUCAGUGUGGUGGAGGACCAUAAGGAGAUCACCCAGCAGUUGGAGGGUAUCUGCCUGCAGGUGAUUGGGACAGUCCUGCAACAACAUGUCCUUGAGUUCUACGAGGAGAUCCUGUCGUUGGCCCACAGCCUGACCUGCCAGCAGGUGUCGCCACAGAUGUGGCAGCUACUUCCGCUGGUGUACGAAGUCUUUCAGCAAGAUGGAUUCGACUACUUUACAGAUAUGAUGCCUCUGCUCCACAAUUACGUCACCGUGGACACCGACACCCUGCUAUCCGAUACCAAAUACCUUGAAAUCAUCUACGCUAUGUGCAAGAAGAUCCUGACGGGAGACCCCGGGGAGGACCCUGAGUGUCACGCCGCCAAGCUGCUGGAGGUCAUCAUCCUGCAGUGCAAAGGUCGAGGAAUUGAUCAGGUCGUGCCCUUGUUCGUGGCUGCCGCUCUGGAGCGUUUGACGCGGGAGGUGAAGACCAGCGAGCUGAGGACCAUGUGUCUGCAGGUGGCCAUCGCCGCGCUCUACUACAGCCCCCCUCUGCUCCUCAACACCCUGGAGAACCUCCGCUUCCCCAACAACACAGAGCCCAUCACCAACCACUUCAUCACCCAGUGGCUCAAAGACGUGGACUGCUUCCUCGGUCUCCAUGACCGGAAGAUGUGUGUGCUGGGGCUGUGUGCGCUGAUCGACCUGGACCAGCGACCCGUGGCCGUUAACCAGGUGGCCGGACAGCUCCUCCCUGCAGCCAUCCUGCUCUUCGUCGGCCUGAAGCGGGCCUACGCCUGCAGAGCGGAGCAUGAAAACGAGGACGAGGACGAUGAAGACGGCGAGGAUGACGAGGAGACGGCCGAGCUGGGCAGCGACGAGGACGACAUCGACGAGGAGGGCCAGGAGUACCUGGAGAUGCUGGCCAAGCAGGCGGGCGAGGACGGCGACGACGAGGACUGGGAGGAGGACGACGCCGAGGAGACGGCGUUGGAAGGCUACACCACAGCCGUGGAUGACGAGGACAACCUGGUGGACGAGUACCAGAUCUUCAAAACCAUCCUACAGAAUCUGCAGGCGAAGGACCCUGCGUGGUACCAGGCUCUCACGCAAGUCCUGGACGAGGAACAGGGCAAACACCUCCACGACAUCGGGACACUCGCCGACCAGAGACGGGCAGCACAUGGCAAGUGUCCCCCCCACCCCCACAAUGCAUGAAAUCCAAGAUGAUCGAGAAGCACGGAGGAUACAAGUUCACAGUGCCAGAGGUGCCAACUAACUUCAACUUUGGAGGCAGCGCUCCGGGAAUGAAUUGAGUCCACCCCCCGUCGUCUUUUUAUUACUCUGUGACUGAUUGUAGUGAAGUGAAAAAAAAAAAGCUUGUGUUGUUCCCUUCAAUAGCGGUCCCAGAACUGGUUCUUCUCAGUCAUUCUUCAAUCUCUGAAAUUGGAAAUAGCACCAGAAGAUGUGGGGGGGGG